AUGGAUCUCCCUCCGCUCUUUGUCACCGACAAGUCAACGCCGCCAACUGACCUGUCUACGCGUACAACGUACCAGGCAUAUGCCCCUUACACACAGGCACCGGACACUACAACUAACGACAAUGUAGACCGCGAAGAAAAACACUCGCCUGCCAAGCAAUCUCAUGCGCCCGCCAAACACAGUUCCAAGUCAAAAGCGGUCAAGGGCAAGCCUAAAGCGCCAAGCGUCCUUGAGGUUCAGGCUCAAGAUGUCCCUGGUCCUGCUCCGGAUACUGGUUUGCCUUCUCCCAGGCCCCUCGCCGAACAUCCCGUACACACUGGCAUUCUACCGAUCAUCCCCUCUCAAAGUCCGACCACGCUCACCGUCCCUCCGGUCACACUGGCACUCGCCUCUGGUUUGUCUGCACUGCCGCCUUUGACUGCUCUGGCAACCCGUGCAUCUCGCUCGCCCAUCCCGACACCUUCUCUUGCCGAGGUCCCGAAUGACCCUUCUCGCGCACUGGGUGCGAACCAACCCGAUCACGACACCGACAAAGGUCCUAGCCACACGCAGAUCGUCGUCGCCGUCCUAGUCUCUGUCGGCAUCAUCUUCAUGUUUCUCAGUGUCCUCGUCUUCUGGAGAUGGCGGAAUCGUCCCCGCAAAAGGACCUGCCCGACACCCUCUCUGCCGAUUUUCCAAGAUCCCUUCACCGACCAAGAUCUCAAGGUCGACGAUGAGUCUCUCUUUGGCGGCAAAGACAACGACUCGUCCAUCGCCAGACCCCCGAGCAAUGGCAUCUAUCCUUGGGUGCAGUACACUCCUCGGCCUUCUGAAGGACUGGCAGCUGCGAAGUCUAAGAGUCCUCUGCCUAACCUGCCCUCGAAGGAACCUCUGGCGGCACCCAAGUCUGCGCUGAUCUCUGACAAGCCUGUGAACCCUGUGCACGUCAAGCUACCAGCCAAAACUAGCACUUACAAUGAGCCGCCAGCUAACCCCCCUGUGCAACAGAUGCAGACCGCGCUUACGCGUGCAGCACACCGCGUCUCCGCCAUGUCCAUGUCCAUCUACCCAACCUCGCCCCAGUCCAACGCCGGCAUCGGGAUAGCCAUCGGCGGCGCGUCUCCUCUCACCGGCGACGGCACCCCCAUGCUCAACCGCAAGCCAUCCAGGGAGCGUGCGGCAGCCAAGGACCGCCAGAGCUUCCGCCACAGCCUCGGCGCGACGGAGUACCGCGACAUCUACGGCGGCGCACAGGCCACCUCGCCCCUCCUCCAGCCCCCCGCACCAACAGCGGCGCCCCCGAUGUCGAGGGCCUCCCAGCGCAGGUCCAUGUUCACCCCUGCAUCCGGCCCGGGCCGCGCACGCGUCCAGCCGGGGUACACCCCUGGGGCAGCGACCGCCACCCUCCGCGCGUCCUCGACCGUCGCCGGGAUCACCACCCUCGCCCGCCCGCCCGGCACGCGCGCGUCCCUGCUCGCGCAGCACUGCGAGCCCACGUACGUCCUCCCGCCGCUCUCCCCCGCGCUCAAGUCCGACGCGCGCCGCGAGCGCGACACCCGCGCGCUCACGUCCGCCCUCGGGCUCGCGACGCCCUCCGCGCCCGCGUACGCGCACGCGCACGAGCCGGCGUACCUCUUCUCUCCCGCGGCGACGCUCCAUCCGGACGACUCCAUCACGCUCGCCGGGGACCGCGAGCUGGGCGACAGGCGCCGGAGCUUCGCGAGCAGGCCCGCGCCGCCGCUGCCCCCCGUGCCGUCGUCCACCCCAGCGCCGACCCCGACGCACCACCGCGCGCAGAGCGAGGCGCCGAUGAGCCCCGGGACGGAGGCGAGCGCGCGGCUGGGAAACCUGAUGCUCGCCGAGUUCACCGCGAGCAUGGCGUCGCUCCCGUCCGCGCGCAUCGUCGGGGCCGCCCCGCCGGCCCACCAGGGCGCGCAGGGGCAGGGACAGGCGAAGACGCGGGCGGGGGUCCCGCGCAAGAACGUAAGCGGGAGUAGGGCGGACGACCGACCGCCGCGCGUGCCGUCGCCGCCGCCGCUGCCGAGCCUGGCGCAGAUGGCGAUGGCGCACGCGAACCCGGAGGCGUACGACGACUAUAGGAGCCCGACGUAUAGUAUUUAUGGGCUGUAUGAGACCGAGAGGAGGAGCCGUGCGCAGGGUGCGCCGACUGAUUUCUGA